AAGCUGUUCUGAAUCAAUCUAUCAGCUGUAAUGAAAACUAUGAAUCUGAAACUCUCCUAGAAUCUGGAAACACAUUGGAAUCCAAAACUUCAUUCGAAUAUAAAACCUUAUCAGAACUAGGGACUUCAUUGGAACUAGAAACUCCAUUAGAACCAAAACUCCUAUUGAAACCCCUAUUGGAACCUGAAGCCCCAUUGGAAUCAAGUAACUCACUUUUUCAGUAUAACCAGGGUUAUGCCUCUCUUGAGGCCUUCAAAUAUGUCACUGAUCAAUAUACUGAAACUA